AUGGCUAAGAACUAGCAAGUUAUGUUCAAGACUAUGUUGGCUCAGCUUCCUACUGCUAUAAAUGGAGGCCCAAAUAUGUGGGCCAUCACUUCUGAAGAAAGAAAGAAAUAUGAUAAACAGUUUGACAGCCUUAAGCCAGUUGGGGGUUACAUUACAGGUGAUCAAGCACGAAUGUUUUUUUUACAGUCAGGUUUGUCAAAUCCUGUUUUGGCUGAAAUAUGGGCUCUUAGUGACCUGAAUAAAGAUGGGAAAAUGGAUCAACUGGAGUUCUCCAUAGCUAUGAAACUCAUCAAACUAAAACUGCAAGGCCAGUCCUUGCCUAUGGUGCUUCCUCCAAUCAUGAAACAGACCCCAGCGUUUUCUCCCUUGAUUUCUGCUCGUUUUGGUAUGGGCAGUAUGCCAAAUCUGUCUACAAUAGCACCUUUGGCUCCCAUGUCCAAUCUGACAUCUGUACCUUCCAUUUCUCCCAUGAUGAUUUCAACCCCGUUAUUGCCUUCUGCCAGCCCUUCAUCAUUGCCAAAUGGAACCCCCGGCCUUCUUCAGCCAUUAGCUAUGUCCUAUUCUUCCACUUUGCCUCAUUCUAAUUCAUACACUCCCGUGAUAGGAGGAUUUGGUGGUUCCAACAUCCAGAAAACUCAGUCCUUAAUAGAUUUAGGAUCUAGUAGUUCAAAUUCUUCUUCUACUACCUCAUUAACUGGCAAUUCACCAAAGGCAGGAUCUUCAGAUUGGGCAGUUCCUCAGGCUUCAAGAUUAAAAUAUAGGCAAAAAUUUAAUUACCUUGAUAAAGGAAUGACUGGAUAUCUUUCAGGAUUUCAGGCAAGAAAUGCUCUUCUACAAUCAAACUUAUCUCAGACACAGUUAGCCACUAUAUGGUCUCUGUCUGACAUUGAUGGUGAUGGACAGCUGAAAGCAGAGGAGUUCAUCUUAGCUAUGCAUUUAACUGAUAUGGCCAAAGCUGGGCACCCACUCCCACUAAGUUUGCCGCCUGAGUUUGUGCCCCCUUCUUUGAGAAAUGGAAAGCAUUUGGAAAAUAUUAACUGUGCUCUGCCAAAUUAUCAACAAGAAGAGGAACCUCCCCAGAAACUUCCAGGUACCUUUGAGGAUAAGAGGAAGGCAAACUAUGAAAGGGGCAACCUGGAACUGGAGAAACGACGCCAAGUGCUCCUUGAGCAGCAGCAGAGAGAGAUGGAACGUAAAGCACAGAAAGAAAGAGAAGAAAAGGAGCGAAGAGAAAGGGAACGGAAGGAACUGGAGCAGAAGAAACAACUUGAGCUAGAAAGGCGCUUGGAAAAACAGCAAGAGAUGGAGAAACAAAGGGAGGAAGAACGGAAAAAAGAGAUUGAAAAACGAGAGGCAGCUAAACAAGAACUCGAGCGUCAAAGACGACUUGAAUGGGAGAGGAUUCGUCGUCAAGACCUUCUUAAUCAACGUAAUAGAGAACAGGAGGAAAUUGUGAAGUUAUCUUCUAAAAAAAAGAGUCUUAAUCUUGAACUAGAUGCACUGAAUGACAAACAACAACAGAUCUCUGGAAGACUAGAAGAUGUCCGUAACAGAAAACAAAAGUAUAAAAAUGAGUUUGCCAAUCUAGAAAAGAAAUGUGAUAUGGGAAUUACUGAAAUCAAGCAAUUGGAACAACAGCUUCAAGUAUGUGAUGUUUUAUUAAGUCUGGGCUUCGUUCCCACAAAAUGAUAGUCAAUGCAGAGGUGGUGGAGAAUAUUGCACUUACUUGUCUAUUAAGGCUAUAAUCUUCUGAAUACACCUCUAAAUUCACUGCAGAAGAAAUCAUCUGAAAAAGAAGUAUUAUGCCAAAAACUUCAGGAACAACUAGAUACAUUAGAAAAAGAAACCACUUCCAAGCUGUCAGAAAUUGAUAUGUUUAAUAAGCAGCUCAAGGAGCUAAGAGAAACUUACUGCACACAGCAGAAAGCACUUGAACAGCUCCACAAAAUCAAAUAUGAAAAAAUUCAAGAACUGGAAAGAAAAAGAACCGAACUUGCUUUGAAAAAAAGAAUAGAAGAUGAAACUACACGAAAAGCAAAACAGGAAAAGGAGAACUUGUGGCAAGAAACCGUCAGGAAGGAAGAAGAAGAAAGAAAAAAGCGUCUGAAAGAAGAUCGAAUGCAGGAAAAGAUCCAUGAGGAAAAACAAAGAGCUGAGGAGGUCAUUGCACGAGAGAGGGAGAUCCAGAACCAAAAACUGGCAGAGGAGAAAUUUGAAGAGAAAAGACAAAAUAAAAAAGUAGGAAUUCUAAGAGAACCUGAGCAGCAAAGGCAGAAACAAAAGGCAGAAGAAAAAAAAAGACAGGAGAAAAUUGCAAAAGAAGCUGAGGAGAAACUUAAACGAUUUGAAGAAGGGAAGAAAAGAAAAGAUAUUUUUAAUUUGCAAGAUUCUGAGAAAUCUGUUUCUCACUUAAAUGAGAAAAACGUAAAUGUUCUUAAACAAACAAAGGGAAAUCUUAAGUCUGUCGUGAAAAGUGAAGGCCACACAGUUAGUGCUGCUGAUUCUAAGACAUCAGCCGGCUUUGUGAAUUAUAGAGCUUUAUACCCAUUUGAAGCCAGGAAUCAAGAUGAGAUAAGCUUCCAUUCUGGAGAUAUUAUUGAGGUUGCUGAGAAAACUGAAGGAGAACCUGGCUGGUUAUAUGGAAAUUUUCAAGGACAUUUUGGCUGGUUUCCAUGCAAUUAUGUAGAGAAAAUAUCUGAAAAUGAAAAAGCUGUUUCACCUCCCAAGAAAGCCUUACUUCCUCCUACAGUCACCGUACCAGCAGUUCCUCUAGAAGUACAUUCACCCAGUAAACCAGCAGACGAAGCAGAGUACCAAAAUGUAUCUUUCACAAACUUAAAUGCUAGCUCAUGGCAGAAAAAGUCUGCCUUUACUCGUACUGUUUCCCCAGGAUCUGUUUCUCCCAUCCAUGGACAGGGACAAGUGGUAGAAAACAUAAAAGCACAAGCACUUUGCUCUUGGACUGCAAAAAAAGAUAAUCACUUAAACUUUUCAAAAAACGACAUAAUUACUGUGCUGGAGCAGCAAGAAAAUUGGUGGUAUGGAGAAGCUGGUAAAGGAAGAGGAUGGUUUCCCAAAUCCUAUGUGAAGAUUUUACCUGGAAAUGAAUCCCAAAGAGAGGAACCAGAAGCUGUUUAUGCAGUUAUAAAUAAGAAUCCUUCCACAUCAAUUGGUGUUUCAGAAUAUGUAGCACUAUAUCCAUAUUCAAGUUCCGAGCCUGGUGAUUUAACUUUCACUGAAGGUGAAGAAAUAGUAGUGAGUCAGAAAGAUGGGGAAUGGUGGACUGGAAGAAUUGGUGAUAGAAGUGGAAUCUUUCCUUCAAACUAUGUCAAACCAAAGGAUCAUGAUAUUUCUCCUACGGCUAGCAAAACAGGAACAUUAAAUAAAAAACCUGAAAUUGCUCAAGUUACAACAGCCUACACUGCAUCAGGAACGGAACAGCUGAGUCUCGCUCCUGGACAGUUGAUUGUGAUUUUGCAGAAAAAUUCUACUGGAUGGUGGCAAGGAGAACUACAGGCAAGAGGAAAAAAAAGACAAAAAGGAUGGUUUCCUGCUACUCAUGUGAAGCUGUUGGGUCCCAGCAAUGAAAAGACUAUGCCAGCUGUUCAUCCAGUGUGUCAAGUGAUAGCAAUGUAUGACUACACAGCAAACAAUGAAGAUGAGCUCACUUUUUCUAAGGGGCACCUUAUAAAUGUAAUGAACAAAGAAGAUAUGGAUUGGUGGCAAGGGGAAAUCAAUGGAGUUUAUGGCCUCUUUCCUUCAAACUAUGUGAAGAUGACUGUAGACUCUGAUCCAAGUCAACAGUGGUGUGCUGAUCUCCAGAGUCUUGACACAAUGCAACCCACGGAAAGGAAGAAGCAGGGUUAUAUACAUGAGUUGAUCCAGACAGAAGAAAAAUACAUGGAUGACCUUCAACUUGUCUUGGAGGUUUUCCAGAAACAAAUGAUUGAAGCAGGCUGUCUCACGGAACCCGAAAUGGGAUUAAUCUUCGUCAACUGGAAAGAGCUCAUAUUGUGUAAUACAAAGUUAUUGAAAGCCCUUCGGGUACGUAAGAAGACUGGGGGAGAAAAGAUGCCAGUACAGAUGAUUGGUGACAUCUUGGCUGCUCAGUUAUCCCAUAUGCAAGCCUAUAUUCGAUUCUGCAGCUGCCAGCUUAAUGGAGCUGCCUUGUUACAGCAAAAAACAGAUGAAGAGCCAGAGUUCAAAGAAUUUUUGAAAAAAUUGGCCUCAGAUUCCCGCUGUAAAGGCAUGCCCCUCUCCAGCUUUCUCUUGAAACCAAUGCAGAGAAUUACUCGCUACCCUCUGCUCAUCAAGAGUAUUCUGGAGAAUACCCCCGAAACUCACCCCGAUCACAAUAAUCUGAAGCAGGCUCUUGAGCGUGCUGAAGAAUUGUGUUCCCAGGUGAAUGAGGGGGUGCGUGAGAAGGAGAAUUCAGACAGACUUGAAUGGAUACAGUCCCAUGUCCAAUGCGAAGGACUUGUUGAGCAACUGGUUUUCAACUCACUGACCAACUGUUUGGGACCACGGAAACUUCUGCACAGCGGCAAGCUUUAUAAGACAAAGAGCAACAAAGAACUCUAUGGUUUUCUCUUCAAUGACUUCCUCCUUCUCACCUACAUGGUGAAGCAGUUCGUCUCUACAGGAUCAGAGAAACUGUUCAGUCCCAAAUCAAAUUCCCAGUUUAAAAUGUACAAAGUGCCUAUUUUUCUUAAUGAAGUCCUAGUGAAAUUGCCAACUGACCCUUCUAGUGAUGAGCCAAUUUUCCACAUCUCCCAUAUUGACCGAGUCUACACACUGAAAACAGACAAUAUAAAUGAAAGGACUGCCUGGGUCCAGAAAAUUAAAGGCGCCUCAGAACAAUAUAUUGAAACUGAAAAAAAGAAACAUGAAAAGGCUUACCAAGCUCGAUCACAAAAAAGUUCAGGAAUAGGACGCUUGAUGGUGCAUGUGAUUGAAGCAACAGAAUUAAAAGCCUGUAAACCUAAUGGAAAAAGCAACCCAUAUUGCGAAGUUAGCAUGGGAUCUCAAAGCUACACUACCAGGACACUACCAGAUACCUUGAAUCCCAAAUGGAACUUUAACUGUCAAUUCUUCAUCAAAGACCUUUAUCAAGAUGUAUUGUGUAUCACCAUGUUUGACAGGGAUCAGUUUUCACCUGAUGAGUUUUUGGGUCGCACUGAAGUUCCUGUAGCCAAAAUCAGGACAGAGCAAGAAAACAAAGGACCUACAACUAAACGUUUACUACUGCAUGAAGUACCAACAGGGGAAGUUUGGGUACGCUUUGAUUUACAGUUAUUUGACCAGAAAACACUUGUUUAAAGAGAGAAAAUAUGUUUUAUUUAUAACAGCCAGGACCAGCAUAGAUCAUUGAACUGCUCUUACUGGCAUGUUUUACAAGCGGUGUAUAAAUAUUGCUGCAAAAUCAUUUUGCCUGGUCACAUGGACAUUAUUUCUCCUUGUAUAUAUUAUUUAGUUCUGUGCUUUGCACUCUCCUAUGUUGGUGGCAAUCUAUGCAAUAUACUGUAUGUGAGAUAAUAUAAGACAGUGCCUUUCUUUAUUGAAAGUAAAUAUUUUUAAAGCAAAUGCCAGUGUUUAUUUCAGAUUCCUUUAAAGCGUUAUCAAGGAAUCUGGCAAUUUAAAAUGUUUGAAAUAUCUCCACUUAGGUUUCAAUGAACCAUAGGAUAUUUUAGUUCUGAGCUAAAAUCCUUCUUCAGGUUCAGAAAAUGGAGUCUGAUUGACCCUUAUCUCAGGUAUCUCAGGAUAUAUUUGUGGAAGAAGUUUCAGCACUUCAGGAUCCUUUCAAAAUUAUAUAUUGACACAAAGUGCAGCCUUUAAAAACUUGCUUCUCUUAUAAAAAGGAAAUAAAAUCUCUCUCUCAAUAAUUUUGCAAAUUUACCAAGGUUUUUUGGUAGUAAAUAAGAUAAACCCUUUUAUAUAAUGUGGGACAUAAUGAUUUGGAUGCAAACAACCAAAGCACUCUCUAAAGCCACUGCUUAAGGCAUCAGGAGACCAUAUCCUCUUUAAGGUGGCCCAUCAGCAGCAAUCCCAGGUAAGUGUGUGCAGACAAUAGGGAGCAGUCUUUGAAGCAGCCAUGCCAAGCCACCCUGAUGCUCAAGCCAUGGCUUCAGAGAACACCUCCAAAUGAUUCAAGUGGCCUAAUAAUGUUUUGAAAAGUGGAGUGUCUUGCAGAUCUCAAUAAAACAUGCAGCUAAAACAUGUCCAAGUCAAAGAUUCCAAGGAGGUUAAUGUUACCUUGGGCUCUAUGGUAAAUAAAAUAAGCUGGUGAAUAUAUUGUAAUUUCUCUAUAUAUUAAUAUGUGGCAUAUUACUUUUCUUAAGCCAACUGUAUUGUAUUCUGGAAUGUAAAUGAGUAAGAAAGAUUCUAGGAAUGAAACCGUGCAAAAUUAUCAACGUUUUAAAACCAGUUACAUUUACUACUGGAAUUACGAUAUAGGAUUUUGUGGAAUUCAAUAUUCAAGUCAAGAGUGUUCGUCCAAACUCCUCUGAUAUGGCUUUAUUAAUAGAGCUUGAGCACAGCUGGUGUUUAUUUAUUUGCCAUUUUUAAAAAUGUGCUGCAAUUGAACCAUGCUCUUUAUUGGGAAGGAUUCCUCUUUAUAGAAUGUAAGGGUUGAGCAAAAGCUGUGUAUUUUGAAUAUGCAUCUCGGAUGUAUGUAUUACUUUUAAUUUAAAACAAUGAGUGAAGUUGUAUGCCUUAAGUGCUGCCUUUCCAUAUAGCUAAGUGAAUUGCAAACCUGAGAAACAGUUUUCUGAAAUGCAUUUUUAUUAAUAUGAAAUAAAAACCUAUGUUCCCAAAAGUAUAUAUUCAAUU